CUUCGAGCGUCUGACUAUUGUGCAAAUAGAGACCCGUCAAUUUCUCUAUGCGCAGCAUCUGCCAGCUGUCUCGAAGAUGGCACCAACAGUUCUGCCUGUCUCCGAGCUUCGCGGGGCAUCAACUCUGCCUCCAACAUCUCCAACCAGCCCGACACUAUCGCCAAACCGCCCGCUCGCGCCCUCUUCAUGCGCGCAAACCGUCAACUGCGUCCUUGGCGCAGGCAGACAUCCAUGAAUUCGAACAGCAGGGUGAGGAUUUGUCCACCCGACUUCCGGUCCGCGAUCUCGUCGACGAUGAAACGCAUGCUCUGAAGGCUGAGUUGGACAAACUUGAUCGCGAACUCGCGGUCAUGCGAGAAGGCCCUUUCGGACCCAACAGCGAGUUUAUGCGAUCUUUCCCCGUCAAUGAAAGGCAGGAACUGCUGAAAGCACUAGAAGAAGAGGGUGUCAUGCCUCCCGAGGACCUGGAUCUGGUCUCCGAGGAAGAUUUGGAUGAGUUGGCAAAAGAGGAGGAGGGGAGGAAACAAACCACGACGCCGAAGUCGGCCCUCAAGGUCACCCUGAGCAUCCCUGUCAGAGACAAGAUAUACGUCAAGCGGUUCAACACGGCAUUGGAAUCCGCACAAGAGAAGGACGACGAGAAGGCAUACUUUACCCUGUGGAAGUGGUAUCUACGGUGCCAGCAACACGUUUCCAACUUUGCCCUGAUCCUGCCUGAGGAUGUCUGGCAUUUCCUCUGGAAGUCACAGAGCACGAUCUAUUACAGGCCCAGACAUCUUCAAAUGUUGGGCAAGGAUAUGAUGAAAGCAGACGUGCCACUCGAGGACAAGGAGUGGAUUGAAUACAUUGAUGCCCUCCAGGCUACUGGGAACAUAGCCGCUGCUGCAGAGGCCUGGGAGGCACAGAGGCCCAGGUUGGGCAUCAAAGAGGAUCUUGCUGAGCUGUUCUGGAUCACCGGUGUCCGGCUCUAUGUGCAACUUGGGAAGCCGCAGAAGGCGCAGCGUUUAGCAUUCGAAUGCUACGACCACACGACAAUGAUCGAUCCCGAAGUCCUUGUCAUGGUCAUUUCUGCCUGGGCGAAAAGCCAAAGCCCCUCUGCUGCCUCCAGAACGUGGUUUUGCUAUCUGGAGCUGCGGAAGAGGCUCGAGGGCAGAGAAGACCAAAAGAAGACGUUAGACGUUCUGGGCCGAGUUAGCAGUGCUCUGCUUGACGCUGGCCGUACUGAUCUUGCCCUGUCCGUCUUCAAAGAUAUGUUCAUGCUUACGGCCAAGUCGCCAACCGACUCGUUAAGGGUUUUCAGGGAGCUUAGCAAAGACGCGAGCCAGUCUCAGUCACCGAGUGAAGACCUCGUCAGCCAGAUCGGACUCUCUUCGUUGGCCCUCUUUCCUCGCAGUUUUCACAACAAAUAUUUCUUCGCAGCAUGGAUUAAAUGGCUCCUUGGUGAGGGGAGAACAAACGAGGCUGCUCUCGUCGUUGACCUCAUGUAUGAGCGUGGCAUCAAACCCGAUGCUGGACCUUUGAAUGGCCUCAUAGCAGCUUGGUUUCGUCAAGGCUCGCCAACUGCCCGCGAAAGAGCCGAGGAUACUGCAUGGGCAAUGAUACAAUCCCGAGUCGAGUUAGUUCAAAAGCGGCUUUUGAAGGCAGACGAUACUGGUACUGCAAACUUCGCCUCCACGAUCGAGGGCCGCCGAGCCCCUUCCUUUCUUAAGCGGGGGGCGCCAGCUGCAACAGUUGAGACAUUUUCCAUCUUGCUCCAACACUACACUCGCCGCUCAGAUCUGGCCAAUGCCGGUCAUCUUACCGACGUCAUGACUGGUUCGGCUCAGAUCAAACCGAAUUCGUUCAUCAUGAACCAUUGGUUGUAUGCUUCACUUCGAUCUGGACAGAUCUCAGAUGUCUGGAGCAAAUAUUCGACCUUGAAGCGAUCAAUAUCCCCUGACCUCGAGACGUUCGCGGCACUCUGGGACACAGCCAAGAAUUGUUAUGCAUUCCCUCACCGGCACCAGGGAGGGUUUCCUCAAGCGCGAAUGCUCUUCGCGGAGAUGCAAGAAUGGUUCGGCGGGCUUGACGCCAAGAAGAAACAUGCUGCCCAAGCAGAUUUCUCUUCUGAACUGUACGAACAGGUCAUCCGCUGUUUCUGCCUCUCUUCCGACCCUCAGGGCACGCUCUGCGCGCUCCAUGGCCUCCGGGAGUCUUUCAACAUGUUCCCGCACGAGGAAAUCAGCCGACUGAUCAUCAUGCAGGUGGCUCGCUCUUUCGCAUCCGACUUCGUGCCACUCUCGCCCCGCGCUCGCGGCCUGCGGAUGAAGAAGAACCUCCAGUACCAGAGCGCGGUAAAGACUCUCACGGAGAUCGUGGUCGCGAUUGGUGAUAAAAUGGUGCAAGAGAAGGACGUCGACCCGGAGGCGGUGGAGCAGAUUGAAAGUCAGCCUGCUCGGGAGCUCAGGCUCGAGGUCCUCUCUGCUUUUCUCUGCCUCGUCAUGGAGAAGAGAAUGAAAGGCGCGGCCAUGGCAGACGUGGCGCAAGAGAUCCUGCGGGUUGCGGAGCAGAUGAGGACAUCGGUCCCUUCUGAGGCGCUGGUGCAGCGUGACUGGAGCGACGUGGAGGUCUCCUUGUAACAACAACAGCAACAACAAUAUGAUCAUUCUGACGCGGGAGAGCCGGGUCAGGUCAGGUUUAGAAGACGGAUCAACCAUCUCCCAUCGGAUAUAUACUGUUGACAUCUACGUAAUCUGUAUCAUAGCGCGUAUAGAGAGCAUGAGCCCCCUCCAACCAGAGAGACCCUUCGCCUGUUCUCCUGAAAAGAGAGCGUUCUUUUUUGGGUUUUGGAACGCGGAAAAUG